AUGGCCUGCCGUCGGGGAGUGACGCGAGCAGUGCUGAGCGUCAUCUUCCUUCUCCAGCCUGUCCUGGCAGUAUCCGGAACAACUACACUGGUGUCACGAACAUCCAGCUCGCCAGUAUCAGCGCCUUCAGAUUCUAGGUCGAGUUCUACUCCAUCAACCUGCAAUGGCCACUCCGAAUACUGUACACGAUCCUACUCGAAUAUCACAUUCGUAGGUUCCCACGACUCUCCAUUCGUCGGACCUCUACCCCAGCAGAAUCAAAAUAUCGAUAUCAAAGCUCAACUGGAUAUGGGAAUCAGAUAUCUGCAGGCACAGACACACCACUCCGUCUUGGACAAAAAGACCUUGGAGCUAUGCCACACAUCAUGCUUCCUUGAGGAUGCAGGAACUUUGAAAAAAUUCCUCACGACUAUCAAGAAAUGGCUUGAUGCACAUCCGAACGAGGUCGUGACGCUCCUUUUAACAAAUGGCGACUCUAUUUCUAUCUCCGAAUUCGGAGAUACAUUCUCCAGCAGUGGGAUCACCAAAUAUGCAUAUGUUCCCCCUUCAAGUCCAUUAGCAAUCUCGGACUGGCCGACCAUGGGUGAUUUGAUAUCCAGUGGAAAGAGGCUAGUCGUCUUCCUAGACUAUGGUGCCAACACCUCUCAAGUGAACUACAUUCACGACGAAUUCGCCUACUACUUCGAAACAGCAUACGAUGUCACAGAUGCCUCAUUCUCGAGUUGCAGCAUUGAUCGACCCCCUGGCGCUUCGGCGACGGGCCGCAUGGGUCUAGUGAACCAUUUCUUGGAUAUUGAUAUAUUUGGUGUGAAGGUUCCGGCUCGAGACAAGGCAGGCACUACGAAUGCUGCGUCUGGCAAGGGCAGUAUUGGUGCUCAGGCAAGUUUGUGUGCGGGAUUGUAUGGGCGUGUGCCAAAUGUGAUUUUAGCGGAUUUUGUGGAUAAGGGGGAGGUUAUCAAGGCGCAAAACAAUGUAAAUGGGCUGUAG